GAAAUUACAGAGGAGGCUGAAUUCGAUGAACAACUACGGGAUGCCGGUGACAAAUUGGUCGUUGUAAACUUCUAUGCCACUUGGUGUCAUUUUAGCAGAAAGAUGUUUCCAGUUUUAGAACAAACAGCUCAAUUAUAUAAUGCAUCAGAGCUAGUCGUGCUUAAGGUUGAUGUUGACAAAUUCCGAAAAUUAAGUAAACGUUACGAUGUCCCAUCCGUGCCGACAUUUAUUCUCUUCAGGAAAACUGAAACGAUUGACACUAUUGUUGGGGCUAAAACAGAAGAGCUUAACGAAUCCAUUCGUUGGAAUAUUAAUCAUGUUGAUGACAGCGAGGUGGAUGAUGAUGAUGAAGACGUCGAUUCGAACACUGAAAAUUCCAACGAUUCACAGAACUCAUCGGAAGAUGAUAGCAAGGUGGAUGGCGUACGCUUGGAAUCGAGCACGAUCCAUAGCGAUAUGGAUGAUGGAGACGUCGAUUCGAGCAAUCAAAACUCCAACAAUUCACAGAGUUCACAUUAUUCAAAGAACUCAACACUCUUAAAUGUCACGAUUUUCCUAGUGAUUCUUAGUAUGAUUGUUGCUGAUUAAACAAUCGAAAUCACAAAAUUAUCUACAAUGUCUGGGAAUACAAUCGACGGGCAUAAGUAGCUGAUUAAAAAAUUUUCUAAUGUUUGAAAAUUAUCGCCUUCAAAAGAUCAAAUAAAAUCUAGUGGAAUAAACUAAUUUUAGUAUGAAAAUUGCAUUUUAUGAAUAUUUUGUAGAAAUCGCUGAAUUGUUUUAUAUUAAAAAAAAGAGUAAAAGGGAGGAGACACCAUUUAAGGAGACACCGACAAGCCAAUACUUAAUUUUACAUACACGACACGUACAAAGCAAGAGAGCAGCUUAUGAGUUCUUUUUCUAUAACUGAUACGGAAAAAACUUUAAGCAAAAGAGAAACAAAUGAAGUUGCGAGCAAAAGUGAUAUAACUGAGCAUUGAGCGGAGAAGGAAUGCAUUACUUUAGAACAUCACAAGAACUACAAAUAUGCUGAAAUCAUCUUGUCGCCAUCUCGUUCCAAAUUGGGAGAAAAAUGCAAAAACAUCUUUUCCGCUCAAUGCUGAGUUGUGUCACUUUUGCUCAAUAAAAUGCAUUGAUGUGAUGAUUAUACCCGUGUGAAAAUAUUUCGACUGGGCAACCAAUCGAUCAUUUUGGGACAUAGUCGACUGGUUACAAGUGAUUAUUCAGCACAAAAACAAUGAUCACAGUUAACUGCGAUCAAAAGUUGACUGCAGUCAAAUAGGUCCCAAAUUAAGCGAUUAGCUAAAAUUUAAUCGUAGUCGACUGUUUUUUAUACAAAUCAUCUGUUCAGUUAACUAAAGACGCUUAUUGGUUGGGGUCCGUUACAGUCAGUUAGUCAAAUAUUUUCUACACGGAUAAUCAUCACUAAAUUAUUGAUUCACAGUACGAUUCAAUUUCAUACAUUUUAAUGAGUAAAUCUGUCAUCAAUCGAAAUUCUGCCUUGAACUCAACAAGAGCUAUACAUGUUCCAAAAUGAAGUUUGCAGUGAUUUGGCUUUGUUUGUGCAUUAGUUUUACAAAUGCUGUUGAUAUAUUGGAAAUUACAGAGAAGGCUGAAUUCGAUGAACAACAACGGGAAGCUGGUGAAAAAUUGGUCGUUGUGUAAUGAUAAUUUAAUUAUUUAUUCAUUAAUGCCUCUCCAUAAAUUGUCUAGAAAAAAUCAUUAUUUUCUCAAUCAAAUAAAUGUCGUUGUUCAUUAACUGAAUCAGCUAAA